AGAUCCAGGGUGGGAUCUUUGUGUUUUCUGCUGAUCUGUUGUUAGAGCACUGCGGUGUGUGUCCGGGUGAGAUCGGGGACACUGCAGCGGCUCGAGCGCGGAAACCGUUAGAAGAUUUAAACCGCGGAGAGAAUCGGCGAUAAACUUCAAAGCGGGUCGGUUACAAUGUGUCGGAGUGAGCGGAGUGCGGGGAAUUCACUUCCGGUAUCGGGGUGUGACGCAGGCGGCUGGGCUCCUCCAGCGUGCUGAGAGAGAGAGAGAGAGAGAGAGAGAGAGAGAGAGAGAUGUGGCUGAAUCCGGCCGAGGUGUCGCUGAAAAACGCGCUGAAUCUCUGGAUCACCGACAGAUCGAGCGAUUAUUUCCUGCUGCAGCGCAGAAGAGGGCAUGGGGAGACCGGGGGCAGACUCACAGGUAUGCUGGUGGGAGCACUGGACACUGUGUUGGACUCGAACGCACGAGUUGCUCCAUUUCGGAUUCUUCUACAGGUUCCUGGUUCACAGAGCAGCUGGGUGAUCGCUAGCGGAGCCACAGCUGAAGAAGUGCAGAAACACUGGAAAUGGCUGGAGCAGAACUUGUUGCCGUACAUGUCGGUGUUUGAGAACAAGCAGGACGCCGCGAGCUUCGCGCAGGGCAAAAUCAAGGGCCUAAUCGCUGAGGAAGUCCUGGUGGGCCAGGCGGCGCUGGACGACGACCCGUCGCGUUUCCGCGAGGCGAUGGUGCGGUUCGAGCAGCGGUUCGGCCUCCCGCUGAAAGAAAAGCUGGUGGCUCAUUACUCCUGCUGCUGCUGGAAAGGCCGAGUGCCGCGUCAGGGCUGGAUCUACCUGUCCACCAAUCACAUGGCUUUCUACUCGUUCCUGCUGGGAAAAGAGGUGAAGCUACUGAUCCCCUGGGCUGAAGUCACGGCUCUGGAGCGCGCGACCUUUGGCCUCAUCAACGACGCGAUCAGGGUCCGAACGCGGCAGAAGCAGCGCGAGUUCUCCAUGUUCCUUGAUGUGGACGAGGUGAUGACCGUCAUGACCCAGCUGGGAGACAUGGCGCUGCGGAGACUGUUCGAUAACGCCAAAGCAGAACCGGAUUCCAACAUCACUAAACGGGCACUGGAGGAGCAGGCCCUGCGCCAGUACGUGCUCUCGCUCUUCGGUCUCCCGCGCUCUGAGACGCUAAAGGAGGUGAUGCGAUGCUCGGUCUGGACGCCUCAUGCUCGAUGUCACACGGCCGGGAAUCUCUACGUCACGGAGAACUACGUGGCCUUCAGCAGCCUGCAGGAGGGACACUGUACCCUCCUCAUCCCACUCGCAGAGGUGCAGUCUGUGGAGAAAGCCGAGAGCACCGGUGGUCUGCCCAACCCCGUGAUCAUCAGCGUGCGCUCCAAGCGGGCUUUCCAGCUGAUCGAGGUGGCGAGACGAGACCAGCUGGUGGACGACCUGAGCGCCCGUCUCCGCGCGCUGCACUGGGAAAGCAAACGCAAGAAGAGUCUGAUUUCCCCCACCCCGUAUUAUACGUUCUGCUACGACACCGACGACACUCUCCGUCCCGUUAUCCUCGAGGAAGCGCUAAUCACGACAUUCCAAACCGGCCAAUCAGAAUCCUCCGAGCACAAACGUCUGUGGGACGAGCACCUGGAGGAGUUCGGCCGCGGCGUGCACAUGUUCCGCACUGAGAGGACUCGCAGGCUGGUGGCUGCAGGCAUCCCGGAGUCGCUGCGCGGGGAGAUGUGGCUCACCUUCUCAGAUGCACGGUCCUUCCUAAACACCAACUCGCGCUCUUACUCUGAUUUGCUGGAGGAGAGGACGAACGAGCAGACGAGCGACGAGAUCGAGAGGGACCUGCGGCGCUCGCUGCCCGAACACGCCGCGUUCCAGAGCGAGACCGGCAUCGCAGCGCUGCGCCGCGUCCUCAACGCAUACGCCACCCGCAACCCGGGCAUCGGCUACUGCCAGUCUAUGAACAUCCUGGCGUCGGUGCUGCUGCUCUACACGCGAGAGGAAGAAGCGUUCUGGCUGCUCGUCACUGUGUGUGAGAGAAUGCUGCCGGAUUACUUCAACCGCAGGGUCAUUGGUGCUCAGGUGGACCGCUCUGUGUUUGAGGAGCUGAUCCGUGAGCGGUUGCCGCACCUGGCCGAGCGCGUUCCGGACCUCGUGUCCCUCUCGUCCCUCUCUCUCUCCUGGUUCCUCGCUCUGUUCCUGAGCGCCGUCCCGUUCCGUAGCGGUCUGCGCGUCCUCGACUGCUUCUUCUGUCACGGCGUCAAAAUCAUCUUCCAGCUGGGGCUCGCCGUCCUCGACGCCAACGUAGACGAGAUCUGUGACAGCACCGACGACGGGCAGUCUCUGAUGAUACUGACCAGUUUUCUGGAGCGUGUCCGAGACGAUGAUGAGUCGAGUGUAAAUUCUGAGGACACGGAGUCUGCAGGAUACACACAGAUCACUGCUCUCAUCAAUUAUGCGUAUGAGAAAUUUGGAGACCUGACUGUAAAACAGCUGGAGAGGAUGAGAUCGAGACACAGGAUCCAGGUGCUGCAGGCUCAUGAGGACACCACUAAAGAGAACACACUGCGGCUCAUCUCCCCCGGAGUCUCUCUGUCUCAGGAGCAUCUCUCAGAACUCUACGACCUCUUUAAGACGGAACAUUUCAUUAGCCUGUACUGGGGAGACGGAGUGUGUUCUGCCUCCCCUGAGCAGUACCAGUUGGACCGAGCCCAGUUUAAGAGCCUGUACGAGCUGCUGAUGCCGUGGCAGAGUGGCACACACACCGACACCAUGGCACAGAGAACCUUCAACCUGCUGGACCAUGAGGGACAGAACCACAUCACCUUCAACCAGUUCGCCCGCUGGAUCGACACCCUGUACUGUGAAGAGCUGAAUGAGAAGGUCAGGCUUCUCUACCGUCUCCACAUUCCACCUGCUCUGACUGAGAACGAAGGCGAGGCGUCUCCUUUGAAGGCUUCCACUUCCAUCCUUUCCACCUCCAGACCUCUCUGUGUAACUCUGUCCAACGGAAAUGGGAAAAACUAUGAAGAGCAGCUGAAGCAGAUGCUGAAGGACUUGGGCAAGGAUAAAGACAAAGGCCUGGAGAGACCCCUCCCUCAUAUGAAACAACGAGAGUUUGUCCAGUUUUGCAAGACGCUGUGCAGCAUGUUCCAUGGCGUCCCCGGAGAAAACGAACUGUUCCAAGCCAUUGCCGUGGUCACCAGUUUAGUGCUGCAGAUUGGUGAGGCCAGGCACAAGGCAGCCGAAGCGAAGGAAUCGGACCAAAGCGCCUCCGCUGCUGAGGGAGGAAGCGAGUCGGCAGGAGAAACCGAAUGGACGGUGAGUUUUGAGCAGAUUCUGGCCUCGCUGCUGACCGAGCAGGUCCUUGUCAACUUCAUGGAGUCACCCAUCGAUCUUGGCGAGAAGAUCGCGUCGGCGAAGGAGAAGCAGUAUCAGCAGCGGUCAGGACUGCUCAUGGUCCAGACCAGCGUCAGCUGAGACACACGCCAUCACAAACUGCCCUCUAAAGAUGCUAAGACAAGAAGCUACGAUUCUGUAACCAGGUUCGAAUGAACUGGGAGACAGACGUUUGUGCCAUAUCGAGAUAAUAAAUGAGCCGUUUCUACUCGCACCUGAGGAGGAAAAUGAGGACGUAAAGAGAUUGCAUGCUGGAACAAAAAAGUGUUUAAAUCAAUCAAUGUGCUUUUUUAAGAGAGAGAAGAAUGUUUGAUGUACCGUGAGAUACUGGUGCAUCAGCCUUCAGUGGUUUAGGUUCUGCAGUGUUUAAUCAUGGUUCAGGAAAACCUCGAGAUCAGAUAUCUCUUAAGAUCAGAGGCGUUGUUGAUCAGCACCACCAGAGAUCUGGACCAGCUCAUGUUGGUCUAUUGACAUAUUUUUUGUGAUUCUCUAGUUCAGAGAGAGAGUCAUGGGUUCCCGACCAGGCUGCUGGAGCCGAAUGCCUUGCAGACUUUCUUACUGUAUUGCUGUUUUUCUUUUUAACCCCAUUUCCUCCAAAUACUUUGCAAAUCACCAACGCGAGCUCGCUCUACAGGCCCUGAUCUGAUCACAUGACAGCUGGAUAUCUGUCAGCGUGGUGUGUGUAGGGUUUUACAAUAGUAGGUCUUACAGAAAUCAUAUGAUGAAUAAGCUUACGAUUGCAUUGCAUGUGUAUAUUCAUACAUCGUGGUGACCACAGGGGUGGAUUAUUGGGUACUUGAAUGUCUGGAGCUGAGGGAGGGGCGGGGGGAGGUUGAGAUGGGGAGGGUAUUGAAUGGUGAGCUGGCACUUUGCCUGUGGUGUAUUUAAUUGUGAUUCGGACGUUUAUGACUUGUCCUCUUGGUUUCCGGAAGGAUUGUAGCGGCCCAGUGGCGUCGGGUCUGCAAACGACCCAUAUCGUCACCUGAUACCAUUUUUGGACCAUUAAACAGGGGGAGCUGGUCUUCUUUCCUUAAUUAAUCAAAUGUUGAAACCCUGAGGGGCCAAAGAACUUUCAACGUCAUGUGACGUCACACACGCAUCCUUUAAGUGCCUUAAUGAUUCAACACCACAUGUAGCAAGCGCACACAUGAUGGAUGUGAGAAACUAAAAUUUCUUUUUUUUUAAUAAUGUGAACAGAACACACCCAAAAAUGAAGGACUUUAAGGUCAAGGCUAAGUGAAGCAUUACAUAAUCCUGUGACUCAACUUUACAAGUUCAGUGUUGCUGUGUAUGAUUUAAUAUGUAAAGAAAUGCUUUAAAAUAAAUAAUCUGCACUUUUCGCUACAUCGUGCCUUCAACACUGUACUUAUGGCUGAAUGUAUGUAGGUUCAAUUUAGACCAUCAGUUUUGUUUUUUAUUGAUUCACAUGGUGAAUAUUUAACAAUGUUUUAAUUAACGCUCUUAUCUAUUUGUAUGUCCAAGAUUAAAAUGAACACUUACACCAAACCAAAUGUGUACA